GCUCAACAGACGGUAGGAUUUUGAAGUACAACACCAAUUAAAACUAAGAUGUAAAGACAAAUCUUAAUGUGUGAAGGCUACUAUUUCUUGAUUUCGGAAACCUCAUGUCAAGAUGUAAGGGAUAGGACAUGUUCUAUUUUGAAAAUCUUGCCGUACAGUUUUCUCCAGACCUCCCGCAUUGACAAGUAACAGAUUACCAAAUUAUCUGCUGAUAAUGGGUUUAAUGAAUGAAAUUCCAGAACAAUUAGGGCUAAAAUGUAAACAAAGUUGUGAAUAAAAAUGGCGCAGUGGAGUAAAGAAGAUGUUGAAAAACUCAUUGAACUUUUUCAUGCAGAACCGGAUUUAUGGGAUAUUAAAAGUGCAAAUUACUCUAAAAAAGAUUAUAGGUUGAGGAGUUUGGAAACUGUAAAGGAGGGGUUAGAAGAUAAAUACACAGUGGAAGAAAUCAAUACCAAAAUUAAGCACAUUCGCUCUUACUAUGCAAAGGAACUGGCUAAAGUAAGAAAAUCGACAAAAAGUGGGGCAGGGACUGAUGAUGUUUACAAAAGCAAGUGGUCUCACUUUGAGAGUCUUGAUGUUUUUCUCCAUUGUCAGAUAACACCACGACAGUCUUUAAGCAACAUGGACUCACAGACUGAAGAACAAGACGAAGAUCAGACUGAUGAUAGAGAGACUGUGGAGACAGAAGAUAACCAGAAUUCUGGCACUUCUAAACUAAAGAGGCAGAAAACUGGUCCAUCCGCUGUAAUGGCUGAAGCCGUUUCUGUGUUAUCCCAGCUUAAAAAUAACAUGGGUCAAAGAACACCGAGAACUGAUGUUCCGAAUGAAGAAGACGAAGAUUCAGUUUUUGGGAAAUACUUAGUAAAUGAGCUCAGGAAAAUUAAGAACCCUUCAGUUAAAAAUGCUGUACGGCUGAAACUUCAAACAGUAAUUUUUGAUGCCCAGGGGGAGCAUACGAGGCUACCAGUUCAAGAUUCUGGACGUAGCACUGCAACUCAACGGAUAUGGAGACCUCUGAGCCCACAGACACCUUCACUUCAGUCAGGGGUGCAAAGAAGUUCAAGUCUCCCUUCAUUCAAUGACAGUGAUUCAAAUGAAUUUUCUCAACCGCCAUACAAUUACAUUUACACUAACCUUUAAACAUCCAACACCCAACCAGAGAUAUCAGCAAAGUAGCUUAUAUAAUUUUGUCAGCUUCAAAAAUGUUCACUUGCAAUUAAACUGCUUUUAUAUAAUGUACAAAUAAAUACAAGUGAUAGAACAUAUCAAUAGAAAAUAAUUACCUUCAGAUAUGUGUUUCUAAGAACAUUGUAUAUUGCCUGGCAAGUUUCUGGGAUAAUCUCUGAGACAGUAGUCAAAGGAAUUCUGUAGAGGUAUUGAAGUGUUGUAUAACUGUCACCUAUGCAAAAGUAUGAAAUAAUCAAUAAUCAAUAUCUAGUACAUAAUAUGUAUUACUAUUAUUCUUAAUAAAGUUUAACAAAUCAA